AUGACUGGUGGGUCAUUGGGAUCAAGACUGUCCGGAAGUUUUGGAUCCUUGCAGCAACAGGCACAGAAUGGAGGAUCACAGCUUCAGAAUCUGUACAUAACUCGCAGGCCAUCAAAGACAUCCCUUACUGGUUAUAGAGAGAAAGAAAAGUUUUUCUCCACCACUUUCAGAUAUUUGAGCAGAAAGAAAGUCGCAAUGCUGGUGCUGGCGGCUUUCGCCAUUGUAGCAUUCAUGACAGGGUUCUUUACAGUCAAUAAAGAGGAUGAUUUCGACAGCUCAGGUUUGCCAUUUGAUGCUAGAUAUUUUAACAAGUCCGUCAUCACCCCUACAUACUUUUCUGGAAAAGAAACAGUGCCAUCUAACAGUAGUUUGAAGAUUAACAAAGUUUUAGUAUGUAAAGAGAGUACCUAUUGGGGCAUUCUUUUCAAUUCCUCAAGUUUGAGCAACUCUUCAGUGGAUGCGACUGUUUUAACGAAUCCAUGCAAAGAUUUUGCAUCUCCUCCCCCUCCUCCCGGUGAUGCAAGGCGAGUCGGCCCGCGCCCAUGCCCAGUAUGCUAUGUACCUGUGGAGCAGGCCAUAGCCCGUAUGCCCAGAUUCCCAUCUCCUUCUCCUGUUCUUCAGAAUUUAACUUAUUUCUCUGAGGAGAAUCCAUCAAACACCGAAGCAAAUGGAGGGUCCGAUUUUGGUGGCUAUCCUUCGCUGAAGCAGAGGAAUGAUUCUUUUAACAUCCGAGAGUCAAUGACUGUUCACUGUGGCUUUGUGAAAGGUUGCAGACCUGGUCAUCAAACUGGAUUCGACAUUGAUGUGACUGACCUUAAGUUGUUGGAGCAGUUGCAUGAAGUCAUUGUUGCCUCUGCUAUAUUUGGAAAUUACGAUGUAAUUCAGCAGCCAAAGAAUAUUGGUGAAACUGCACGAAGGGAUGUUCCUUUCUUUAUGUUUGUUGAUGAAGUGACUGAAACAUACAUGAAAAAUUCUAGCAUCUUGGGGAGUAACAAGAAAGUUGGAUUGUGGAGGAUUAUAGUUGUUCGUAAUGUUCCUUACAUUGAUUCAAGGAGAAAUGGAAAGGUGCCAAAGCUCUUGUUGCAUAGGCUCUUUCCGAAUUCGAGGUACUCUAUCUGGAUUGAUGGAAAGCUUCAGCUUGUUGUGGACCCAUACCAGGUUCUUGAGAGGUUCUUGUGGCGCCAAAAUGCAACUUUUGCUAUUUCAAGGCACUAUCGUCGCUUUGAUGUGUUUAAAGAAGCCGAAGCCAAUAAAGCUGGAGGGAAGUACGAUAAUACUUCUAUCGAUUAUCAGAUUGAAUUUUAUAAAAAGGAAGGUUUAACACCGUACACAACUGCUAAGCUUCCUAUAACUAGUGAUGUUCCUGAAGGAUGUGUAAUUAUAAGAGAACACAUCCCCAUCACAAAUCUCUUCAGUUGUCUGUGGUUUAAUGAAGUUGACCGAUUUACUUCCAGGGAUCAGUUGAGCUUUUCAACUGUGAGGGACAAAAUUGCUGCCAAAGUUAACUGGGGCGUCCAUAUGUUUCUAGAUUGUGAAAGGCGCAAUUUCGUUAUACAGGCUUAUCACAGGGACUUGUUGGAACAAAGGGCCCACAUGGCUUUUCUGAGAACUCAAAGUUCACCAGUGAUCGUAGUUCGUGAGAGGAGUCUUCCCAAAAAGAACAUGGUUCGACGUGGAAAAGAGAGGAGAUCUACUUCAAGGAGGCGCCGUAAAGUGAAUCCGAAGACUAGAGAAAUAUUCUUUACUUGA